GUGACCGGUUCGGUUUUUACAGAGUAAGAGCUCUUUAGUGACGUCACAUAUGAGCGCCAGGUUGGUUUCAGCGGCGAAUUCGCGAUGCAGCUCGAGCUCGUCUUUUGUCUGAGGCGGGUUGACCCCUGACCCCGCUGCCGUAGUCUCCUCUCAGGUAGACGGCAGCUGAUCAGCUGAUCGUGUUCCACGCGCUGCUGGGGUCGUCACACCUGAGCGACCCCGGACACGGAGUUUAGGAAGAACGCUAGCUACCGGCCGAUACCGUGGCUUCUUAGCUGUAACAGAGUUUGACCCGUGAGCCGAUUACACGCAACCACGACAGCCACAGCGCAGCAGUUUGUGUGACUGUUGUAAACAUGUACACGCGUGUCACAGCUGUGAGCACAGGACAGAUCACGUGUUUGUGCUCUGUGACGUCAUCUGACCCUACCUGCUCCUCCUCCUUUGAACAGAAGGCCACUCUUCUCUUUUUCUCACUGGGCUCGAGGAAAAGAGGUUAGGGAGAGCAGAUGGUUUUGGAAGAUGCCCGAGGAGGAAGAGGAGGAAUGCUGAGGGGCUCCUGGUUGUGGGAGGAGUUACCUACAGGUUGGGUGCUGAGGGAACCAGCUGAGAAGUUGUUUCCUCUGCACAGUGAACAGGAGACAAGGAGGCUUGAUGGAGAAAUGAGGAAGUAUAGGAAAGCAUUCAGAGGAAGAAUAGAGGGAGUUGCAGAGGUGAAGGAGUACAGUGAGGAGUAUAGAGAGCUGUGUGGUUAAUCUCAGAGGACGUGAUGUCACAGCUGAAUAAAAGCACCCUGAAUCCUGGUGUGAAUCGACGACACACGUCACAGAUUGAACCGCUCACACUGAGCUGCACUUUGGUGUGGACGACGUGCCAAAGGCUGUAACUGCUGCAGUGUGCACGCUGUGUCGUUCUGUGGUGCAUUAUGGGCAGUCUCCGUCUCUCACUGAGCACGUUCCUCUGACUGGCCAGCUCGGACAACAUCCGCCUGUCUGACGCCACUUUAAACCAGCUGAAGGGGGUCUAGAUGUGUCCUGACUGUCGGUUGGAGCUGAUUGAGUCUUGCCGGGUGGAAGCCACAGGUGGGGGCCGUCCUUGGGGGCUCCGUGGUGGUGAUACGUGAAGCUCUGACUCGUUAUCGGGUUUUCUGCUGAUUGAUAAUGUUUCUGAUCGCUGUUACGGCCUGACGACGUGCGCACACCCUCUCUAAUGAAGUCACGUGAUCUGAAGCCAGACAGACGAGCGUCUCUUCCUGCGGUGAGGAGAUCAUAUCACAGCUUCUGUCACAAACUGACCUGCAGCAUCGAGUCAUCGCCUCCUCCUGUUGCUCCUCCCAUCAUGACACCUCCAUCAUCCUGUGAGAAGAAGAAGAGGAGGCGCGCAGAGGGCGAGGAGUCGCCUGCUCCCAUCGACAUCGACACUCCUGAGAGAGGAGAGAAGGAGGAGGAGGAACUGUUCAGUCCUCCCGCUGAAGAGGAACGGGUGAGCAGGAAGGAGAAGAAAAAGAAGAGACGAGAGGAGGAGAAGGUGUUCAGCUCGCCUGCUGAAGAUGGACAGGUGAACGGGGAGGAGGAGGAAACCAGCGAGGGGAGGAAGAAGAAGAAGAAGAAGAAGAAGAAGAAAAAUAAGAGAAGAGCGGAGGAAGAGGAGGUGUUCAGUUCUCCUUUUUCUUCUGCUGAAGAUGCACAUGUGAAUGGGGAGAAGGAGGAGAAAGAGCAGAGGGGGGACAAACAGGAGGAAACCAGCGAGGCAGAGAGGAAGAAAGAGGAGGAACCGGGUCCCUCGUCUCCUGGUCUGGGUGAACAGCUGAGCAGGAAGGAGAAGAAGAAAAAGAGAAAAAAGAGGAGAGAAGAGGAGGAGGAAGAACUGUUGGCUCCUCCCUCACCUCCUACUGGGGAUGAAAAGGUGAGCAGGGAGAAGAAAAGGAAGAAAAAACAGGAGGACAAAGAGCCAGAAAAGAGAAAGGAGGAGAAGGAGGUGUUCUGUUCUCCUCAUGGACAGGUGAGCAGAAAAGAGGAGAAGAGCAGCGAGGGAGGAAAGAAGAAAAAGAAAGAGGAAGUGACAUCACAGGAAAGGGAGCCUUACAGCGAGACUAAACAAAAGAAGAAGGCGGCGCGCAUGGCGAGUGUAGCCACAGCAACAGCAAAUGCACAUGUGUCGGUUCAAACAGUCAAGAACAGGUUGAAGGAGGAGAGGGGAAGUGAAAGUGUGCAGGAAGUGACAUCAUGUAAUGGAGAGAAGGCAACGAAGAAUGUAAAUCCUGCAAAGAGGCAGAGAGGUGCAGCGGGGGGUCACGGGGAGGAGGAGAAGAAGAAGAGGAGAACGGAGGCGGCAGCUGAUCCUGAAGAGUUUGACCAUAAGUUGUUGGAGGAACUUCAGGAAUUUGUUCCUCAUGUGAAGAAGAAAUCUGCCGAUCAGAUCAACAAGCUGCUGCGGUACGACUUGGCACGCUUCAAGGCCUUCAAAAAGAAAGGUGUGUCUCUGCGCUGGGGACGGUACUCUCAGCUUGAGAACCAGCAAAUCGAACAGAACGUGGCCGACUUCUUGGCUCUGACGGGAAUCAGCUCAGCGGAGCAGCUUCUGUUUCCUCACAGGUUCAAAGAGCAGGAGCUGGAGAUCAGGAGGCUGAAAGCACAGCAUCACUUCCUGGAGAACAUCGCUGAGGGGAUUCCUCGGACAUGUGAUCAGGUUUACGUCAGAGCCAAGAAGAUUUUUGAUGAGAGGAAUAACAUGGGAAGGUUUUCUGAGGAUGAGCUAUGCUCUCUCACAAAGUUGCAGAAGCUCCACGGCAACGACUGGAAGAGAAUCUCAGAGAAGAUGGACCGCAGCAUCUACUCGCUGGAGAAACGCUUCAACACCAUCGCUCAGGGUCGCGGUACCUGGACUGCAGAGGAAGAGUUGCGCCUUUGGCAGGCUGUCAGGGCUCACCUGGAGAUGCUGGUCCAGCAGAGCCCUGCAGGUCUGAGCCGAAACCAGCUGUGCAACAACCUGCCCUGGAAGAGGAUCAGCGAGCAGGUGGAGACCCGGUCCUGGAUCCAGUGUCGUCUCAAGUGGUUCUACCUGCUGAAGUCUAAGCUGUCCUCAAAGGGAGUGUUCAACCGAGGUGCCGAGGGGUACGCCGCAAAAAUCCACCUCAUCAACACGCUCUAUAACAUGCAUGUGGACGACGCAGCGGACAUCGACUGGGACGAGGUGGCUGGACUCAUCGGGACUGUGACGCCGAUGUGUGUGCAGAAGAUGUUUUACAGGUUGAAGGUUUCCAGAGUUCCAAACUGGACGAGUUUGUCGUACGCAGAGAUCAUCGACUUCCUACAGAGCAGAGCCGUCCCUGUCCUGGAGGAGAGACUGAAGAAGUGUGAGCCCCAGGAGGCGCAGGAAGAGGAGGAGAAGGAGAGACUUUAUCAGCUCUCUGACAUCUUCUCAGAGCUCAGUGACGACGUGGAGCUGGACAACAGCUGACCUGCAGCCAAUCAACAUGUGGUGUCCCCGUGGACAGACUUUAUAAAAACACUUUGAAAUCGGGACAGGGAGUGGGUUAAAAAAAGACUUUUAUUUUGAAGGUGCAGAUGCUUUGUAACAUUAAAUAAAAUUGUUUUGGUA